UUUAAAAAGAGUAGAUCCACACAACUUUCGCACAAGCCGUGGCCGCAUACAUUGACCAUCAUUUUUAGUGAAGGGUUUUGAAACUUGGUUGUCCGGCAUCUUGGACAUGCAAAAUCAUCCAUAACUAAUUACAAUUUGUUUCAAUAAUUAUUUAAUAAAUAAACCUAACAUCAACACAUUUGCAUUUGAAAUAUAAAUAAUAAAAAAGUGAGGUUAGAAACGACCAACAAGUGUCUCUUUUUUUUCUUUUAAAUUGACCAACGAAUAUAUCUGUCUUUUUUCAAUAGUUGGAAAUAGAAAGGGAAAGCAACUAAAACAUUGUUGCUACAAUUGUUAUUUGAUAUUCAUGACAUUGACAUUUAAAUUCUUUUUUUUUUGGAGUUGACUGUUGAUAUCAUGACUGUUGAUGGAAUUGAAUUGGUAAUUGGUGUUUAUGGGGCGAGGAUCUUAAAUAUUUAAUUUAGCUUCUAGUUUUAGCCCCUUAUUCUAUUGAACAAGUGCAAGUGUUACGUUAAAACAAUACAGAAAAAUGUCUAAAUUAAACGAUAGAUCACCUAGUCAUUUAACUUAUAAGCUUGUAAUAGUCGGAGGAGGUGGUGUUGGAAAAUCUGCUAUAACUUUACAAUUUAUCCAGAGCUAUUUUGUGACAGACUAUGAUCCCACGAUAGAAGAUUCCUAUACCAAACAGUGUGUAAUCGACGAUAUACCUGCAAAAUUAGACAUCUUAGAUACAGCUGGCCAAGAAGAAUUUAGUGCGAUGCGCGAACAAUACAUGAGAUCAGGCGAAGGUUUCCUAUUAGUAUUUUCUGUAACGGAACGUUCUAGUUUCGAUGAAAUUUACAAAUUUCAUAGGCAAAUAUUAAGAGUCAAAGAUAGAGACGAAUUUCCUAUGCUUAUGGUUGGAAAUAAGGUUGAUCUGGAACAGCAGAGAGUGGUUUGGCAAGAAGAAGCGCAACAAUUAGCGAGAAAUUUGAAAAUCCCUUAUAUCGAGUGUAGUGCCAAAAUGCGUAUAAACGUCGACAAUGCGUUCUACGAACUGGUAAGGGUUGUACGUAAAUUUCAAUUGUCCGAAAGGCCGCCCUUGAAACCUAGUUACAUGAAAAGGGACAAAAAAAAAUGUUGCAUAAUAUAAAUAGUUUAAUGUUUUGAUAUUAAUUUUUUUUUUGGGCCAAAAAAAAAUGCAGAUUCAAUAGGCAACGACAUAUCUGUGUUACAUUUCGAAAAGUGCAAUACCAACUAAUAAUUAUUUUGCUAACUAAAAUUAAAAUGCAUCACAAUAACAAACAAGAGCAUCAAAUAUAAUAUUGUAAAUAUUAAUUUAACCAAAAUUAAUCGAUUAAAUAGUUAAUUUUGGAAUUAAACAAAAUGUAUAUUUCUAUAUAAAGUGUAUUUGUGAUACCCCUAAACGAAAUUAAUAUUACUUGUUUUUGUUUAUUAUCUGGAUCGUGAUUGUGGUAUUUGUAUCCCUAGAAUAAACAAAGUCUUGAUGUUAAACAAUAGAGUGAAUAUUCAUUAUUAUUAAAAAAACAAAAAACACCAAUAAGGCUAUUUUUAUAUUGACUAUAUUUUUCUAGUGUAACUUUAGCUUUAAAUUUCACUUGCUUUAAAAACCAUUUGUGAAUAAAAUUGUUAUUAUUAUUUUUUAAAUAAUUCCGUUGUGUAUAUUUUUUUUUUGUACAAAACAACGAGCUGCCAAUUUGUGUCAUUACUAAUAGAAAAAUCUUAUCUGUUGUGUUGUUACUAAUUCUAUCUUAAUCCUUGUUUUCAUGAUAAUAAUGAGAAAAGUGUAAUUUUUUUCAAUUUAUUGUACUAACUAGUCAAAUGAGUAAAAUGAGAUUAUUAUGUCGUGAAACCAAGGUUUAAUAAUUUAUUAAAAUACAUAAAAUAAAAGUUUCCAUGUAAUAUUUUGUUUGUACAUAAUUAGCUCAAUCAAUUGAUUAUAAUAAUUUUAAUAUUGUCAAUGUUUAACCUGCUGAAAGCUUUAAUUGCUUGGCUGCUAUAAAUGUGAUUUUAUUAUUUCAACAUCACACCAUUACACACGGGGUGAACAAAGAUAAGUCCCUGUGUGCUGAAUGAACUGCUUGUCGAAACAUUUUUGCAAGCAGUGCCAUUACAAUAAAUCAGAAAAUAUUAUAUUAUCUGGGUGCUAUUUUCGUGUAGGUGUCUUGGAGUGUAUAUUUUUUAUUUAUAUACUUGUACAUUGUGUUUGACGUUUAAAAUUUUAUAUUUGUAAUAAUUAUCAUUAAUUAUAAUCUAACGUAAAUAAAUGUUUUAACGAUUGUUAUAUUAUUUUAUUACCGUUCCUUCUUUCCUGGUUGUUCUCUAUCCUUUG